CCCCCUCCACCGCCGCAGCUUUGCAGCCCGCCAGCCCAGCGCCAUGGCCAAGGAAGGCGCGGAGAAAGCGGACGAGACGGAGCAGAUGAUCGAGAAGGAGGGAGGCAAGGAAGCUGCCGAGGGCAGCGGCGGCGGCAGCAGCAGCCUGCGGGCAGGGGACACCAAGGAGAUGCGAGCCGUGCUGCUGUCUGGCUUCGGGGGGCUCAACAAGCUCAGGGUGUCCAAGAAAGUCAUGCCGGAGCCUCAGGAAGGGGAGCUCAAAAUCCGAGUCAAAGCCUGUGGUUUAAACUUCAUUGAUCUGAUGGUGCGGCAGGGGAAUAUCGACAAUCCUCCCAAGACACCACUUGUUCCUGGAUUUGAGUGUUCUGGGAUCAUAGAAGCUCUGGGGGACAGUGUGGCAGGGUUUGAGAUUGGAGACAGAGUAAUGGCUUUCGUAAACUACAACGCAUGGGCUGAAGUAGUAUGUACCCCAGUAGAAUUUGUCUACAAGAUUCCUGAUGACAUGAGUUUUUCUGAAGCUGCUGCCUUUCCUAUGAACUUUGUAACUGCUUACAUGAUGCUCUUUGAAGUGGCCAACCUAAGAGAAGGCAUGUCUGUGCUGGUUCACUCUGCAGGAGGUGGGGUGGGUCAAGCCGUUGCUCAGCUCUGCUCAACGAUCCCUAGUGUUACUGUUUUUGGAACAGCUUCCUCUUUCAAGCAUGAAGCAAUCAAAGAUUCAGUAACUCACCUGUUUGACAGAAAUGCAGACUAUGUCCAAGAAGUAAAGAGAAUCUCAGCAGAAGGAGUAGAUAUCGUUCUGGAUUGUCUAUGUGGAGAAAAUACUGGAAAAGGCCUCAGUCUUCUCAAACCACUUGGGACUUAUAUUUUAUAUGGUUCAUCUAAUAUGGUUACUGGGGAAACAAAAAGCUUCUUUAGCUUUGCAAAAUCAUGGUGGCAGGUUGAGAAAGUGAACCCUAUCAAGCUGUACGAAGAGAAUAAAGUCAUUGCUGGAUUUUCUCUGCUAAAUCUACUUUUCAAACAGGGCCGAAGUGGCCUAAUUAAGGGUAUAAUGGACAAACUCAUAACACUGUACAAUGAGAAGAAGAUCAAGCCUCUGGUUGAUUCGUUAUGGGCCCUGGAAGAGGUAGGAAAAUGGCUCCCCCCGCCCCUCUUAUUUCUUAAAUUCAUAAAGUAA